AUGAAUCCAUUCAUAGAACCCCAAACUCCUCCACGGAGUUCCAAAAAUAGACCACAGGUUCACAUCUCAGAUAUCUCAUGUUCCACUCAGGAGACGUUGUUUCCACAAACCCCCAAUAAAAAAGAGAAAAGUCACUUGCAAACUCCCAGUACACUGUCACACUCAAAGCGAGUGCGCAACUUUCUACAAACUCCAUCAUCCGUGCAAAAGUCAAACGGAAAUUUUUUAGCCAGCCCGGAUCCAACGCCCUACAAGUCGCCCAGAAAGACCCAUCGUAGGCGGAAGAGUCAUGUAUCAGAAGCUGAGGUGGGACUCUUUGAAACACCUGCUCGCGAUUCAUCCUUUGGGUUGUUUUUGCCCACGCCUUCAACCGUAGGAUCAGGCAGAAAAUCAGGAACUGCGCGGCCUCAUCUCAAGCCUCCGCCAGUGUCAAUUGAAGCAAUUGCUGCGUUGAAUGAUAAUUUGCAUUUUGAGGACGAUUCCGAUGAUGCAACCACUACGCAGUACUCAGACGUCUUUUCUCUGCCUCCCAAGCAGGCCUCGUUCAUCUUCUCGUCGAACUUGAAAGCACAACCCAAGAUGGCUUACGAACCCGAGUCUCCAUCCAAAGGACACCGCAAGAUGCCCAUGACGCCACGCAAGCAGAUGAUAGACGAUGAGCUCAUCAAUGAAUGGCACGGAAAAUCGAGAAAUGACACUUUUAUUGCAGACGAAGUAGAGGUAAAUGAGCUUCGAGCACAGCGCAAAGAGCUAACAAAUCCAUUUGUCUCGGUCCCUGGGUCAAGUUCCCGACUGACUCAUGUGCCCAAGUCUGAUGUGGACUACAGUACCCAUGCUGAAUACAUCAACUCGAGAACUGGAGAGAAGAAGGUGGUGGAGUUGCUGGAGAGACAACGCCAAAUUCGCCCUAAAAAGCUUGACUUCUCAAGUGUGUAG